GGUGAGGGGAACCGGCGCGUACAUUUGCGGAUUCAUGAUUGCGGCGGGUUGGGGGGAGUGUUGCGACAAGGCAAGAGGGAUGUCGGUUGAAGAGGGGACAGAUGGAGGGCGGCGGAGAAGGUUGGGGUGAAUUGGUGAUUUUUCGGCGACGUUGCUUUUCGUCCUCGGCGGUCCGUGCGUCGUGGCUUCCAGAUCUUUUGGUGUCAGAUCCUCAGCACCAGAGAUUCUCGACUUUUCGCUUUAUGGAAUCAUCACUCCCUUUGCCUGCUCCUUGAGUGAAGAGAGCUCGCACAAUGGCUCCUCAAGACAGCCGCGCCACAUUUCUCCGUAUCCCGUGGGCGGCUACGUUGUUGAAACAGCCCAACACCAUCUGCCGCGUGCCCAAUUCCAGAGAGUCCAAAUCGUCCACGGAGGAUUCUCUUUUCGCGGAAAUUCUGAAGGGGCCUCGCACCCUCCGAUCCUGUCUCGUCUUUUAUCAAAAACCCCCGGCCGACAAGGAGUGGGUGGAGGACGUGUCCGUCUUGUUCACGCUCGGCAACGGCAUGAAUGGGCAUCCCAAUGUCUUACACGGUGGCAUUGUCGCGGCCCUGCUCGACGAGGCAAUGGGCAUGCUGCAGGGCUGCAAUCACGAACGGCGCCACAUGUCUGCCGUGGCCAAGGGCAAGGCCGACGGCGAGCUCCCUCCGCAGCCCAAUGCGAGCUAUACGGCUACCUUUCAGAUCAACUACUUGAAGCCGGUGCAAACCCCGGGUGCGUUGAUUGUGUCUACGCGCUACCUGAAACGAGACGGCCGGAAGACGUGGGUGUACGCCGAAAUCAAGCAGCGGGAGAAUAUUGGAGAGGAUUAUGAUGGUGAUGAGGUGGUGUGUGCUACCGGGGAGGCGCUCUUUAUUGAGCCGAAGCCGAAGAAGAGCAAGCUGUGAGGACGUAACUUUGGAUUGAGGACCACAAUCUGCUGCUCGUGUGAAGUGCCUAGAUAUGGCAAGACGGCAAUGCAAGUGAUGGAGAGUUGCGACCAGCUCCAGCCGUUGGACUUGCAUUCAUUCGUCAUCCGGCAAGUUGAGACGCCCAUUCACCCUCUCUCGUGGC